CACACAGGCUGCUAUAAAGUCCCUGAGUCCCUGACCCACUGACACCCAACGGUCAGCAAGCGGGCACCGACACCCCCAGCACACCCAGCGCCACACAGCGCACACCGCCGCAGAGACGCGCAGCCGGCAUGGAGCGGAGCCAGGGGGAGGCGAAGGAGCCGCCCAACCGGGAGGGCAUCGCCGCGAUAGCUCGCUGCUACCAGGGCUUCGACCCGGCGAUGUACCUGCGGUACAAUUACACGCCCCCGCGGGCAGACUUCACUCGGACCGACAGCAUCGUGCCGUGGAAACUGGCCUGUCUGCACCAAGCCUUCACUGAGGGAGAUAUGACUGGGGAGACCCUGGUGGACGUGGGCUCCGGUCCCACGCUGUACCAGGUGCUGAGCGGCUGCGAGGUUUUCGGACGGGUGGUGCUCACAGACUUCCUGGAAGCCAACCGGCGCGAGCUGCAGCGCUGGCUGGCCGGGGAACAAGGCAGCUUUGACUGGACGCCAUACCUGCAGCACGUAUGCCAGCUGGAGGGACGCAGCCCCUCUGCCUGGCGCGAGAAGGCGGCUCGCUUGCGCUCGGUGGUCACCGAGGUCCUGCCCAUCGACGUGCACCAGCCCUGCCCGCUGCCGCCGGGCUCCUUACCGGCUUCGGGAGCCGACUGCCUCGUCUCCUCCUUCUGCCUGGAGAGCGUGAGCCCGGACGUGGCCUCCUUCACGGCGGCGCUGCGGCGCAUGGGCUCCCUGCUGCGGCCCGGGGGUCACGUGCUGCUCAUCGGGGCCCUGGGCGAGAGCUACUACAUGGCCGCGCCAAACGUGCGCAUCCCCGUGGUGCCGCUGGACGAGGCGCAGGUCUGCAGCAGCCUGAAGGUCAGCGGGCUCUCCCUGCUCCGCCUGUGCGUCUACACACUGCCGCCAGACAUGAGGGUGGGCGUGGACGACGUUUCCGGCAUCUUCUUCGUCAAAGCCAGAAAGCCCUAG